GCGAAGUUCGGCAUUGUGCGUUGAUUUCCUUUCCGAUAUACUACCGCUACUAACAAAACUCCAGGCGCCCCCGCUAAUUUGCGGCAUCGAAGCCGAUUCUCCGUGCCUCAUGAUUAACGCCAAGCGUCAUGGGUAUAUAGAGCACACCCUAAACGGUCGGGCGGUGACGACGGAGGUAGAAGGGUAG